ACACGUCGCAUCUCUCGAGCACAGCGUUCACCACCUCCUCGAAUAACAAUCACCACCAUGGACCUCGACGACACCCUCGAACCAACCCUCCAAAACAUCCUCGACCAGAAAUCCCUCAAAUGGAUCUUCUGCGGCGGCAAAGGCGGUGUCGGGAAAACCACAACCUCCUGCUCCCUCGCAAUCCAACUCGCCAAAGUCCGCGAAAGCGUCCUCCUCAUCUCUACCGACCCCGCACACAACCUCUCCGACGCAUUCGGUCAAAAAUUCGGAAAGGAGGCGAGGAAGGUCGAGGGAUUCGAGAAUUUGAGUGCGAUGGAAAUUGAUCCGAGUAGUUCGAUUCAGGAGAUGAUCGAGACGAGUGAUGCGCAGAACCCCGGGAGCCCAUUUUCGGGGUUGUUGGGUGAUUUGGCGUUUUCGAUUCCUGGUGUCGACGAAGCGAUGGGUUUUGCAGAAGUCAUGAAACAAGUCAAAUCAAUGGAAUACUCCGUCAUCGUCUUCGACACCGCUCCCACCGGACACACCCUCCGCUUCCUCUCCUUCCCUACCGUCCUGGAGAAAGCUCUCGCCAAGAUCUCACAGCUUGGAGGUAGGUUCGGACCCAUGAUUGGACAGAUGAGUGGGAUGAUGGGGUUGGAGGGGGGACAGGAAGAUAUGUUCUCGAAGGUGGAGCAGAUGAGGGAAACGAUUACGGAGGUGAAUAAUCAGUUUAAGGAUCCGGAGUUGACGACGUUUGUGUGUGUUUGUAUUUCGGAGUUCUUGUCGUUGUAUGAAACCGAACGCAUGAUCCAAGAACUAACCUCCUACCACAUCGACACCCACAACAUCGUCAUAAACCAACUCCUCCCCCCCACCGACACCUGUCCUCAAUGCGGUUCCCGCAUAAAGAUCCAACAAAAGUACUUGGAGCAAUAUGAAGAGCUAUAUGGCGAGGAUUUCCAUUUGGUACGGAUGCCGUUGAGGACGGAGGAGAUUAGGGGGGUGGAGAUGUUGAGAAAGUUUUCGGAGAUGUUGGUGAAGGGGGGCCCUUUGACCCCGGGAGGUGCGAAGGCUUGAAAAGCGUAAACGGUUAGGUGCGGGGUGCUGCGUUGGAUGAGGAGGGAGGUGUUUUGGCGUUUUUGGUAGAGUU